UGACACUGCUGUGCAAACAGAAGAACGAUCAAAAGGCUGACAAGGCUAAAAGUAUGAGCUAAAUGGUGCUUCCAUCAGUUUUCUGAUUGACUAAAAGCCACCUUUUUCCUUUAAUAAUUCAGAUCUUUUGAAAGCUCGCAUUCGUAGUUGUGAUUAUAAACCUUGUGCUUCAUAAUUCGAAGCCUCACGCAUGUAAAUAGCUCCAUAAAGCUUGGAUGUUUAAUAGAUCGUCUGAGCGACUAGAGAGACAACAAUGAGUUAUCCGCCUCAAAACCAAGGUUACCCUCCUCAAAACCAAGGAUAUCCACAAGCACAGUACCCUCCUCCACAAGGUGUAGCAUAUCAGCCAUCUCCACAGCCACCGUACCAGCCGCAGCAACAGGCCUAUUAUCAACCAGGCCAACAUCAAGGAUAUGUUCAACCAGGACAACCACAGGCACCAGCUGUAUUCGUCCAACCCCAGCCUAUUAGAUUUGAACAAGCAUCAGUCCGAUGCCAAUGUCCUCAUUGCCAUGCAGUAGUUGAUUCAAAGGUUGAGCGUGAAAUAGGAACAACAACGUGCAUUCAUUGUUUAUUCUUCUCUUUUGUUUGUUGUUGCUGCUUGCCAUUCUUCAUGGACUGUUCAAAAGAUGCCUCUCACUUUUGUCCAAACUGCAAAAAACAUCUUGCUACAUUCAAGCAACCUGCGAUUCAGUCAGGCGGUGGUGGUGGUGGAGAUGGAUUUAGACGUCCCAGUCGUGAGGGUCCAGGUCCUGGAGAGGAUUAAGGGUUUGGGGGUGGAGGAGAUGAUUAGACUUUACGCUCAACCAUACUUCAUCUUUGUAGAGGAGACUUACUUACUUAGUAUUAUCCUGAAAGGAUAGGAUUCUGCAUAUAUUUUUUAAAUCAGUUUUUCUGUGAUCUGUUUUUAUUUCCUGAAAAUUAGUUGUACCAUAGUUUUAAAGGGAACAGGAUUCAUUAUAUAUCUAUGGCCAGAGAUAGAGUGAGAUUAGAGGGGGUGCUAUCUAUAGUUUACAUUUUUCAUGAUCCAGGGGCAGAUUCAGGGGAGGGGUGCAGGGGRUGUGCACCCCUCCCUCGUUCCACUUUGUGCCCCUACUUUGAAGAUAACCAAUACUAUUUUUCCCUUUGGUUCUAAGGGGUGCACCCCUCCCUGGGUUAAAUUUGUGGCCUCCCUGAACAAAAUCCUGGAUCCACCCCUGUGAUCUAAAAAAAAAUGAAGGUUAGGGAUGCAGCUCCAUUGACAUAUUUUGAUAUAUUCAAGACUUUCUUUUUGGAGGGUUGGAAAUGAAUAUCCCAUGUUUUUUCUCAACGGGAUCAUCUAUGUACAGUAGAAGGUCUCAAUUUUACUUAGGCUCUGUACCUAUAUUAUCAGAAUGAUGAUUAUUACAUCUUUGUACUAUAGAAUGACUGGUUUUUGCAAUGAAGAGAUACAGCAAAAACAA